AUGGGGGUUUCCAAGUCCGACGUGAUUAUCAUCGUCGGAGGAGGUGCUUUCGGCCUCUCCACGGCCCUUCAUCUCGCUAAAAAGGGCUAUACCAACAUCUCGGUCUACGAGAAAGAUGACCAUAUUCCCCCUCGCUCUUCGGCAGCCAAUGAUCUGAACAAGAUUGUCCGAGCGGAGUAUGAAGACCCGUUCUAUACGGAGUUGACCAUUAAAGCAAUUGCAGCCUGGAAGACUCCCCUCUUUGCGCCCCAUUUCCACCAGACUGGUUUUCUACAUUGCGUGUCGGGCGAUGCCCCCGAUCAAGCUGUGGACACCCUGCAACGCUUCCGCAAUUCAGCCGAACACAAUGCGCAAAUCAAACCGCAUGUAAUUCCCCUAAAUAACGAAGCCGACAUUCGCCAGGUCUGCUGGCAAUUAGACGGACCCUUGUCGGGCUGGAAGGGGUACUUCAACCGUUUCGACGGAUAUGCCCAUUCUGCCAACGCCCUAGCGGCGGUCUAUCGGGCCACACAGGCCGCCGGAGUGAGAUUUUUCUUGGGCGAACAGGGGGCCGUGGACGAGAUUGUAUACGUGAGCACCCUGAAAGGACGGAAAUGUGCUGGAAUCCGAACCAAGAACGGCCGAUUCCACCCGGCCGCGCUCACGAUCGUGGCAGCGGGCGCGGGCGCGGGCCGCCUGGUCCCUCAGCUUGGCCAGCAAGUCGUCGCUAAGUCAUGGUCAGUCGCCCAUGUUCAUCUGACGGACGAAGAAACAUCGGCCCUACGUGGAAUCCCGGUCACCUAUGCUCGCGACCUAGGAUUCUUGUUCGAGCCGGAUCCAAAGACAAACCUGUUGAAGCUGUGCCCGAUGGGAGGCGGAUAUAUCAACACCGAUCCCAAGACCGGCGUAUCGCAUGCGCCUCUGUCUUUGGAAGAGAGUGCGUUCGUCCCGGAGGAGGACGAGAAGCAAAUGCGGAAGUUAUUAGCCCAUACGUUUCCAUCCCUUGCGGAUCGCCCCCUCGUUAAAAAGUCUCUUUGCUGGUUUGCCGACACAAACGACUCGGACUUCAUCGUUGAUUACAUUCCCAAUAUGGAAUCUUCAGUCAUUCUGAUGUCGGGUGACUCGGGUCAUGGCUUCAAGAUGUUCCCGAUUGUCGGUUCAUUCAUCACUGAUCUGCUGGAAGCUCCAGAUAAUAAGCAACCAGUUUCGCGUUGGCGGUGGAAGCACCCUAACCCAGCGGCUGGCAAAGCUGCUGACUGGGGAGGCGAGGUUAGUUGGCGCCUGGGACAGUCUAAAGAGCUCUCAAGUAUUCUACCAUCCAGGGCUUCUAAGUUGUAA